AUAGCAAUAGCGAAGCGUCUUCUAAACAAGACGGUCGUGUAUUAUUAAAAGUCUUAUUAUUAUAUUGUGUUUUGUGUGUUAUUAUAAUCAUUAUGUUUCGUCAUUAUUUAAUUUUAAUAGUGUCUUCCGCGAUUGUUUCUGUGUUUAGUCAAUUAUUAAGUUUGCCUGAAGGUUCAAUGUGUAAGGAUGGCGAUGCACGCGGCGUUUGUGUGCAUAUUUACAAAUGUCAGAAUGCACAUUUUUUUCUCAAAACGAAACAGUAUCCUCCGAUAUGUUCAUUUGAUGGAAAGGAGCCAAUCGUGUGCUGUACUGACUGUAAUAUCGUUGAUGAUAUCAGGAAAAUUGUGUUCAAUCCAGGCGCGGGAUUGCUGCCUUUGACUGGACAAAAAGCGAACGAUAAAUGCGUCGACUAUGUAAAUGAACUGGACUAUCCCUGCAAGGCUACAGGUAGCUUCACAAGGAAACUGGAUCCUACUGUCGAUUGCUACCGACUCCGUAGCGAGGGAGGGUCCAACUCCAAACGGCCACCGCGCACAGAUUUUUACUUGGCUUUAUUGGGGUACGGAGGGGAUAAGAAUACGGCGCAGUGGAAGUGUGCUGGUACCAUUAUUAGCGAAAACUUCGUCUUGACGGCUGCACACUGCCUCGUGAGGGAAGGACUAGGGCCCGUCAAAUAUAUAGCUGUGGGAGUUUCCAACCGUUUGGACCCGACUGGAUGGCAGAAGUAUGAUGUAAAGGGGGUGUUCCCUCAUCCGGAGUACCAGACUGGUUUAAAAUACCAUGAUAUUGCCCUUAUUAAAACAGACACGAUAAAAUUCAGCCGGCAAGUACUUCCAGCAUGUCUACAUUCAGAUCCGGAGACAAACGGUACUGAUGUAGGAGGGGUCCUGGUUUGGAACCCGACUGGUGAAGACCAGGGGAAGAUGAAAGUGUUUCCUACAUAUGAAUUCAACGAGGUCCAGUGCUCCUUCUACUACCCUCCUCAUGAUGAGCUGCCUAUAGGGUUCGACGCCAGCUCGCAGAACUGCUAUGGAGAUGUUGAGAAACCUGAAGAUUCCUGUCAGAGUGACAGCGGGAGCCCGUUACUCUUAUACAGGAGACGUGCUUUCCAUUGCACACGUCUGGUCGUGGGUGUCAUGUCCAUUGACAGAAGCUGUGGGACCACCAGCAGCUCAGGACUGUACACAAAGGUUAUACACUAUGUUCCCUGGAUCGAAAGUAUUGUUUGGCCUUGAUUGGGAAUCAUCAUUAUCAUCAUUAACAGCCUACAAGGGUGUUACCACACCAAUCGAUCGAUAGCCGAUAGAUGCCAUCGAUCGAUUGUAGAAUAGGUCCGUCGAUUGAUAGUUACUGUUCGAUCGAUAGCCGAUAGAUGUCAUCGAUCGAUUGUAGAAUGGAUAAGUCGACGUCGAUCGAUAGUUACUGAUCGAUCGAUAGCGACAGAUGCCAUCGAUCGAUUGUAGAAUGGAUAAGUCGACUUCGAUCGAUAGUUACCGGUCGGAAUAUAGCCGAGGUUAAUCCAUCUACGUUGGCCGAUGCUAUCAACUGGCAAUCGAUCGAUUGGUUAGUCGACCGGUAUGCGUCGAUCAAUUGAAGCUAUCAUAUCAAUCGAUCAAUGUCGAUCGAUGGCAUCGUUGGACUAUCUAUCGAUAGGUGUGGUAACACCCUAAGUGGCCACUGCUGACCAAAGGCCUCUUCUUCACACUUGCUCGAUCCGGCAAUCGAACCCAAAACCCCUUGCUCGGAAGCACUUGCAACCACUCGACCAAAAGAAAUUGACUUGCCAUUUUGUAAACUAUUGUGAUAACUUAUUAUUAAAAUAAAUAUUUUUAUUAAAUAAACCCAAUCUAAUGUAC